AUGGAGAAUGGGCGAGCAGCGCCGGACCUGACAGCGUCGCCCGGCCGAGCCCCGGCCGGGCUACCGCAGCCGGCGCGCGCGAACCACGCGCCGCCUUGCGUGCUGCAGCCAGACUUUAGGAAGGUAUCAGGUGUGAGCAAUGAAAUAUUCAGACAGAUUGAAAUGGUUGAAAACGAUCACGACGCUACUACUGCCGCGGCGCUCGAGGCGGUCGAACGCCGCGGAGAAAUGAUUGUUCGGAUCCUCGAGUUGAGACAAGUGGGACGGAACAAUAUUGAAGCCGCCAAGAAGUUUUUCUCAUUACAGGAUUCGCGACACAUAGUCCAACUAGUAGAGAUCGUGAAGCGUCCAGGUCAGACCCUGGGCUUAUACAUUCGAGAAGGCGACGGCGGUGCUAGAACGGACGGGGUGUUCAUAUCUCGGAUAGCGUUAGAAUCCGCUGUCUAUAACAGUGGCUGCCUCAAGGUCGGAGACGAGAUCCUGGCUGUCAAUCUGGUUGAUGUCAGACGAAUGUCCUUGGAUGAUGUUGUGAUCAUCAUGUCGAUACCUAGACGUCUCCUCUUGUGCACUCGACAGCGGAAAGGUAAAUCCGGCCCUGGAUCUCCAUCCCUUCCUCGCGCUGAACACAAACCUCCUCCAGUUGUUGUGUUGAAGCGAGAUUGCCGUGAUGACGACGACAGAGAUCGAGAUAGAGUGGAUGGACUAUAUUCCCAACAUGGAACUCUUCGAUCGACGGGAGCCGGCGGAGGAGUACGUCCAGUGGGUGACGGACGUGAAGAGAGAAGUCGUUUGCAGCUCGGUGCUCUGUCACCAGAUUCCACUCCACUUGACUUGUACUACAAUUCGAGACCUCCAUCAGAUCAUUCCACUUGGAGCUAUCGUCCACCACCACCUGUUAUCACAGAACAGCCGAAACCCACUGCCACUCAUUUUGUACCAUAUGAGAGAUCAUACCCUAACACUUUGGAGAGUUUAGCAGAAAAGGUGCAUGCCUUCUAUCCAGGGGAAGGUGGAAGCAUCAGGUUCGGUGGAAGAGUUCCUAGAUCAGGCUCGGAACAACAGCUUCCUCGAGCAGAGACUCAUUCAGACUUCGGCAGACAUUCACUGCUUAGAUCUAGUUUGAAAGCCUCUGCAGCUACUGGAGCAGCUGGUGCUUCCAGUCUAUCCAGAUACAGUCAACGGUACGGUGGCGUAGGCAUGCCUGGUCUUCCUAGCUCCGGACUUUCAAGUACAGGACUCUCAGGAGCCGGUUUAGGUCCUGGUCUUCCUUCAGGUCUAUCUUCCACGGGGCUUAGUGGGCUAACAGGAUCCAGUUUAGUUGGCACGGGAUUGAGUAGCGGAAUUGGAACUGGAUUAUCCGGGUCCGGAUUAAGUUCAACCCUUGGUGGAUACGGCACUACGGGCUUGGGAAUGUCUUCCUAUGGAAGCAAGUUUGGCACGUCAAGAAGGAAUCGAAGCUUAGAUUACUCAUCGGAUACAGAAGCUACAGCCCCGACUCGCACUCCAUAUUAUUCUGGUUUAAGUGGGUACAGAAGUAGUACUCUGGGGAGGGACAUCAGCUCAAAGUUUAAUUCGCUGCCAAGAGAUGUAAGAGGAACGGGACAAAGAUUAGGGUUAUCGCGACGAGCUGGAAGUGUGCUUCAAGAUGAACCGGAACCUUUGUCUUCGCGUUUAGAUCUUCGUUCUUCCAGAGGUCGUUUACCGUCUUCACCAUCAGUGUUCACAUCGGACGAGUACCGAGCAUGGCUGUCACGGGCACCCUCCACUAGCGCCCUCUACGAAAGUCUUCGACCGCGACUUCCUACUCACUAUUCUGCAGAGAACAUUCAUGAUGCACUUAAAAAUAUGGAAACGGGCAGUCGUUUUGGAUCAACAUUGGGACUAGCUGGUCGCCGCAUGGAGAGGCCCCGGCACUUGCCGGCUCGUUCAUUGUCCUCACAACAAUUAGGCCCCACAGCAAGUGGAUCACCAUCGGCUCGACGUGUCAGGCAGCUGCUAGAAUUAGGAUCUAAAUUCAACUGUCCUAAUCCAAGUCCUGUGCCUACGCCCGGAUCACGGCAUCAGCGACACCUUGAUAUUAAUCCCAACGAGUUUCUAAAAUACAAGAUCGAAAAGCCGGGCUCGGGUGGUCUAUCAACAUCUAUGACUGGGUUAUCUCGUAUUUCUGGAGGCGUCUCCGGAAUGCUGUGGGUACACUUACUUGCGGGUAGGGGAUUGAGACCUGUCCCUUCUGGGUCUUCGCCGGGGUCACCACCAUCCGGACCGUUAGCACCCCCACAACCACCAGUAGCACCGAGGGACUUGUACUGUGUCCUAGAAUGCGAUAGAGUACACAAAGCUCGCACCGUCCGUACUGGAGAGCUGCAAUUCGAUUGGGACGAAUCAUUCGAGCUGGAACUAGUGGAUAAUAGACAGCUGGAUGUGCUAGUGUACUCAUGGGAUCCACAGCACAGGCACAAGCUAUGUUAUCGAGGUGCUGUUACUCUUCCAGAUCUAUUAGCUAGGUCUCCAUCACACCAACUGGCAAUCAGGAUGGAGCCACGCGGGACCCUCUACGUUAGAGUUCGUCACACUGAACCGCAUGAGCUGUUCCGGCGUCGUCCAGCACCAUCUCGUCUGUCACCACCACCGUUGUUCGGUGCUGAACUGGACCAAGUGGUAGCUAGAGAAGUGAGGCCAUCUCACGCUCCACCCGUACCGAUGAUUGUAAGACGUUGUGUUGAAGAGAUUGAGAGGCGUGGUCUAGACAUAAUAGGUCUCUAUCGGCUUUGCGGAUCGGCAGCUAAAAAACGAAUCUUGCGUGAAGCUUUCGAGCGGAACGCGCGCGGGGUCGAAUUGACCCCCGACUCGGUUCCCGACAUCAAUGUGAUCACGGGAGUCCUAAAGGACUACUUGAGGGAGCUGCCUCAACCGCUUUUCAGUCGCUGUCUGUUCCAGAUGACACUGGAUGCUUUAGGCGUUUGCCUGCCAGACGACAAAGAAGGCAAUGCUCGUCUCAUGGCAUCCAUAGUCGAAUGUCUUCCUCGAGCAGCACGAGCUACACUUGUAUUCCUACUAGACCAUUUGGCCCUGGUCGUCGCUGCUCAAGACAGGAACAAAAUGUCCCCACAACACUUAGCCGUGGCCUUAGCUCCACCGCUGAUGCUGCAGUCGCAACCACCAUCAGAGAUGGACUAUCAGCGGCCGAUACAUGUAUUACAAUGUCUGCUACAGAUCUGGCCAGCGCCUAAACGUUCAGUUCGGCGCGGCGAGCCAGCACUCGGGCCGCGUGGAAACAGAGUCAGUGCGUCGCAAGUGGCCUCAGCCACCCUCCCCCCAGGCCGAGCUCCGCCCUCAGUCAGUCCAUAUCGGCAUCAAGUGGGAGCAUCAGCAGCAUCUCCGCAGCCAGCUCUCUCGGCUCGGCCCGGGGUCGACCGCUCGCCGCCCGCACAUGUUCUCUCAUCAGCCAGGGCCGGCCAAUAUCGUCCGCAGUCGCCGCUGCGAGGCCCUCUGCCCGCUCCACCUCGCUCCCGCCAAGUGACGGUCUCCUCUCCAGGUUCACCCAGUAGCAGUUCCGGUAGCCACAGUCCGGCCGAUACUAUCAAGCACGGGGGCUCCGUCUCCUCCAUUCUGAGACAGCCGGAACGGGGCUCGCCCAGGAACUCACCGCGUCAGUCCCCGCGAGCCUCACCGAGAGACUCGCCACGUGGAACACCGCGGGAGUUGACACCGAGGGAGACCACCCCUCGGGAGCCCGGUUCUCGUGAGUCCCCCCGCUCCGCGAUCCCCGGCACCUCCGCCGGUCUCGCCGUGACCUUGAACUCCACCGGUAGCGUCAGCCCGCGCUACAGCUCCACCAAUCCCUUCCUACAGCAGUACGACGCGGAAGAGGAGGCCGAGGCCUGGCGCGCCGCCGACAUAUUCUCCGCAUCCACGCACACAUAG